AUGGAUUCUUCAGACCUGUAUCACGUUAGGCAGCAAUUCACAUUAGGCGCGUACAAGACGCUUGCAAACCUUACACUGCCAGAUGCAUCUUCUCCAGACCACGAUGCUUUCCUUCUCUACAAAGCGCGCUCGCUAAUUGCUCUCGGAAAGGCUAAAGAAGUCUCUAAGUUCGUACCUGUCGAGCCGGAGUCACUUUCGUUGAAAGCUGUGCGUGCACUUGCGCGGUUCGUGCAGGCAGAACAGGAAGAAGAAGACAAGGACGUUCCCUUGGAAGAGCUACGUGAUUUGUGCGUGGAGGUGGAAGGAGAAGAUGUAGAUGUGAAGGAGAGGUGGCAGGUGCGUGUCCUCGCUGGAACUGCCUUUGCGCGAGCUGGUGAAGUGGAGGAGGCGUUGGAGACGCUUGGGGUGGGGACGAAUAAUGAGAGCCUUGAAGCUGUAUCCCUUGUCGUUCAGAUUUACCUCUCAAUCUCACGCGCAGACCUGGCUAAGAAGGAGCACGCUCGUGCACUCAAUUGGGCAGAAGACGAUCUCCUCUUACAGUCUAUCGAAGCCGCUAUUGGCCUUGCGACGGGAUCAGACGCAUAUGCGGAUAGCAACUCAUUCUACACCGAGCAACUUGGUAACCCAUCCUUGGCGUCAACACAUCUACUUGCUUCCCGUGGUGUUGCACGGCUGUUACGUGGUGAGGUUGGACCAGCGCGUUCAGACUUGGAAGAGGUCCUGAAGGGCGACGAGGGUGGAGAAGGUGAGGAAGAAGCGUUAUGUGCGAGCGUUGUUGCUGCAGGACUAGGUGCUAGCAAGAAAGGCGAAGCAGAUGAGUUAUUCACGUAA